CACCGUCUAGAUCACAGGUUUACAAGUUUAGAUAAUUUAGAUUUCUAACUUGUGAUUUACAAGAUUUAAACAAUUGUAGGAUUUAAUGAUUCGUUAAAAUGGCAGACCAAUUGCUAAUUCACGAUGAUAUUAAACUAUAUACGACAUCUGAUAAAUUUUAUUUUGAGCCGACAAUCAACCCUACAGAGAUUAUGGUCGUAGACAGAGUCACAGGAGAAGCCAGUGUUAAAGAUAUAAAUUCAGUAAGGAUCCCAAUACCGGCAAAUGCCUACAAACCAGUAUGUGGGUUCUUAGGCUCCAUAAAACUUAUUUCCGGAUUGUAUUUGGUUGUCGCUAAGUACAGGAUACUGGUUGGAAAAAUUAAUGGGCAUGAAAUAUACCAGCUUGCCGGCACAGACAUUAUACCGUAUACCAGAUCGACUUCACAUCUUACUACUCAGCAGAUUGCUGACAACAACACGUACGAGCGCAUGAUCCGGGCUGCACUAGAAACACCGGGAAUUUACUUCUCUUACAGCUAUGACCUAACACACACAUUGCAGAGACUGCAUGCUGUAACACCUGAUUUCCAUAAGAUGUCGCUAGCGAACCGUGCGGACACGAGGUUCCUGUGGAACAGACAUCUUCUAAGGGAUUACUCCCACGACCAGUUUUCAAGAUUCGCUCUGCCCAUUAUUCAAGGAUUUGUGUCGAUAAACUAUGUGAAUAUAAACGGGCACGACAUGACCUGGGCGCUGGUGUCGCGACGCUGCGCGGAUAGAGCCGGCACCAGACUCUUCAUGAGGGGCGUCGACGCGCAGGGCAACGUGGCUAAUUUCGUAGAAACCGAACAGAUAGUGGAGCGCGGCGGCGAGAAGUCUUCGUACGUGCAGACCCGGGGCUCGAUCCCGCUGUUCUGGAGCCAGUACCCGGACAUUCGGUACAAGCCGCCGAUGACGCUGGCCCACGAGGACCACGUCGCGGCCUACACCAAGCACCUCCGCGACCAGAUACAGCGGUACGGGAACCAGGUGCUGGUUAACUUGAUCGACCAGCGCGGGCGCGAGGAGGCGCUGGAGCGUGGGUACCGCGCGGCGGCGGCGGCGGCGGCGCUGCCCGGCGUGCGCUACGAGCCCUUCGACUUCCACGCGGAGUGCCGCGCCAUGCGCUACCACCGCCUCGCCGUGCUCACCGACAGGAUCGCGCACGAGCAGACGGAAUUCGGCUACUUCCUGAGUCGGGGCGGCUCCGUGCUGCUGCGGCAGAGUGGCGUGUUCCGCACCAACUGCGUGGACUGCCUGGACCGGACCAACGUGGUGCAGAGCCUGCUCGCCAAGCUGCAUCUGACGGCGCUCUUCAAGCUCCUCAACGUCUCCAGCUCCGACCAACUGGAGACCAACUUCGAACAUCUGUUCAAUAACGUGUGGGCGGACCACGCGGACGCCAUCUCCACGCAGUACUCCGGGACGGGCGCUCUGAAGACGGACUACACGCGCACCGGCAAGCGCACGCACGUCGGUCUGUUGCGCGACGGCAUCAACUCCCUCACGCGAUACUACAAGAACAACUUCAGCGACGGCUUCAGACAGGACUCAAUAGAUCUGUUCUUGGGUAAGUACGUGGUCGCUGAGGGCGAGGGUCUGGCCGCCCCGAGCCCUCUGAGGAGAGGACACGACUGGAAAUAUAUCACGCUCCCUUCCGUGCUGUUGGUUGCCAUGUCAAUGUUCUGCGCCCAAGCGGUGCUGCCGGCGCGCUACUCCAGCGAAGUGCUGCUCUACCUCAUGUUCUGGGGGGCGGCUGCUGGAGCGACGCUCUCCUACAUCGUCAGGCACGGCGCGGAGUUCGUGGACUGGCCCAGCCUGGACGCCGGGGGCCUGGCGUCGGCGCGCGCCCUCGCCGCCCAGCAGUCUUUAUGAUCGAUGACCUGCCGCUCGUAGUCGUCGUGUAGCCAUCUCGCUCGCACCCGCCGCGCGCUCCCCGGGACCGAGGGGGACAGGUGAUCUAUCGCAGCUCCUCGCCCGUCCCCGUACGGCUCGCUAGUUCUUCGUUCACUUAGUGCGAGUUUUUUAACGUUGUCGAUAGCGUAAAAGUUAACUCAACUUUGUAUGGAGUUGGAACAGCGCCCCUAGCGGCAAACUUAAGCAAUCGU